AUGUCGUGCUUAGAGGACGGCAAGCAUGUCCGCAUGACGAUCUUUGAGGCGGGCGAGCGCCGCUUUGUGACUAUUAGAACCGCAUCUCCGAAGGUCGCUACCGAGCUGGCCUCAGCCAUUCACGAGCACACGCCGCUGCAGUCCAAGAAGAGCAAGUCGCCUUCGGAGCCAGCCGAAAGCGCCGUCUGAGUGCGCGUCCAGAGUGUGCAUGGUGUCGGGUUUCGGCGAGCUGCCAGGCUGUAAUAUGCAUUGUGUACGUCGCUCAAAUGGAGGUGUUUGGUGUGUGACAUGUUUGGUCACCGCCUUCGCAAUCACCGACCACGGGGCGUGUAGUGCCAUCGAGCAUGUGAACACACGCCUGGACCGGUGCGCGGGCAUGGCGGGCAGGCCGUGCGUGGCCGAAACGCCUCGACGCCUCGGUACUCGCCUUGUCCGUGUCGCCUUUGUACACCUCGUUCCACUGCAUCUUGAAACGGGCACGGGCCUCCGACGCGCGCCACCGAGGACGACGGACACGUUCGCACAACUUCAUCUCUAGCACAUGGGCGGUAUGAGCAGCGCGUUGGGCUGGAGGCAUACUCUAGCAGCAUGUUGGUACACAUCGACUGAUCACUCAAGGGAUCAGGCGUGACCUAGGAGGAC